AGAAAACGGUGUUUCUUCCAGAAUAGAAUAUACAAUUAUAAUACAGAAGGGGAAUAUAGAAGGAGAAGAAAAUGAGGGAUGCUGGUGAAGGCAAAUAAAAAUUUUAGUAUGAAAAAUAUUAUCAUAUGGUAGUUCUUAAAAAAGAUUUUCAUCUUCACAGAAAUAUGUUCCAUUUCUAACAAAAGUAACCAAGAAAUUAGAGUACUAAUAACAAUAUUGUUUCAUUUAAAUGUUUUUUUUUUCUGUUUUGUUUUGUUUUUUAGGAAAUCAGAGUUUAUCAGCAGAGGCAGAGAAUGUGUCCUUUCAACUGUAGGCAUCACAUCAUCACAUCUUAAAGACAUCGCAUUUCUUUGAGUUCUAGACAUUUAAAAUUUUUGAUGAAUUAAAGAUUAAGAAUUCUUUGAACAUAUAAGAUAUAGCUUAACAUAGCUAAUGUAUUUGGAAUUGAAAAAAAUGAAGAGAUUGUAGAGAAAGUUUUGUGGAUUGUGAGAAACAUUUGCAGCAAAGGAAGAGAAGAAAAGAUAGCUUGCAAAUGAUUAGAAGAAUUGAUUCUUUCUGAGACUCAUCAAGUCACUUCCUGUGCAGUUCCUAUCUUGCUGAUUAUUUGAGAAUAAGGAAAAAACUCUUGGAAACCAAUGAAAUCAAACCUAAAGGUUUAAAAAAAACUAGUACUUCGCCUGAGUAUUAUUCUGAACUGGAAAAAUGGGCUGUAAUCGAAACUGUUGCCUCAUCACUGGUGCUGUUAUCGGUGCAGUCUUAGCUGUGUUCGGAGGCAUUCUAAUGCCAGUGGGAGAUAUGCUUAUUAAGGAGGCAAUUAACCAGGAAGUUGUCCUUGAAGAAGGUUCAGCUGCUUAUCAAAAUUGGGUUAAAGCUGGCAUACCAGUUUACAGGCAGUUUUGGUUCUUUGAUGUGCAAAAUCCUGAAGAUGUGGAAGUUAAUAGUAGCAACCUUAAGGUUAAACAAAGAGGUCCUUACACUUACAGAGUUCGCUAUUUAGCCAAGGAAAAUAUAACCCAUGACACUGAGAACAACACGGUCUCCUUUGUAGUGCCUAACGGUGCAAUCUUUGAACCAUCGCUAUCAGCUGGAUCAGAGGAUGAUGUUUUAACCGUUCUCAAUCUGGCAGUUGUGGCUGCACCUCAACUUUAUCCAAGUGCAUUUGUUCAAUCGGUACUCAAUUCACUUAUCAAAAAGUCAAAAUCUUCUAUGUUCCAAAGGAGAACUGUGAAAGAGUUCUUGUGGGGUUAUAAGGACCCAUUCCUCAGUUUGGUUCCAUACCCCAUUGAUAGCACAAUUGGUUUGCUUUAUCCUUACAACAAUACAGCAGAUGGAGUUUACAGAGUUUUCACUGGAAAAGGCAAUGUUAGUAAAGUUGCCAUAAUUGACACAUACAAAGGCCAAAAGACUAUUCCCUAUUGGGACAGUUAUUGUGGCAUGAUUAAUGGGACAGAAGGAGCCUCAUUUGCACCCUUUAUUGACAAGAAACGGGUAUUGCAAAUUUUUGCCCCUGACAUUUGCAGGUCAAUCAGUAUUGUGUUUGGAAGAGAAAUUAAUCUGAAAGGAAUCACUGUGUUCAGAUUUGUUCUUCCUCCCAAGUCCUUUGCAUCUCCAAUUCAAAAUCCAGAUAACGGUUGUUUCUGCAGAGAAAAAGUUAUCUCACACAAUUGUACAUAUUACGGUGUUCUAGACAUUAGCAAUUGCAAUGAAGGAAAACCUGUGUAUAUUUCACUUCCUCAUUUUCUAUAUGCAACUCCUGAAAUUUAUUCAAAUAUUGAAGGCUUACAUCAAAAUGAAGAAGAGCAUAGUACAUACUUAGAUGUUGAACCUAUCACUGGAUUCACUUUACAGUUUGCAAAACGACUGCAGAUCAACAUCCUAGCCAAGCCAGCAAAAAAAAUUGAUGCAUUAAAGAAGCUGAAGAAUAAUUACCUUGUGCCUCUUUUUUGGAUUAAUGAGACUGCUUCCAUUGAUGAAGAAAAUGCAGCAAUGUUCAGAAGUAAAGUGACUGAGAAAUUAAGCCUCCUUGCUCUCCUAGAAUUGAUAUUACUCAUUGUUGGUGGGAUAAUGUUUGUUGCUUUUAUGAUCUCAUACUGUGCAUGCAGAUCAAAGAAAGAAAAAUAAGCAAAGUGAUGGACAUGGAACAUCUGUGCUGAGUUUAGGACUCUUUCCUUUUCUGCAAAGAAUAAUUUCUCACUCCAGCCAGAGUCCAUAACUCUAUGCAGAACAAAUGGACUUGAGGCAGCUUGUUGGCUACCUUGUGGGGCUGGCCAUGGGGCAAGAGUGUCCAUGCUGUGUAGCCCUCCUACCCGACUUUACCAGCCCUGACCCAAACCAGGCAUUUGCCCAGGUGGACAAGGUUGGGCCAAGCAGAGAGGUGGAACCACUCUUCUUCCCUCGCUCCCCAUUUUUUCAAGCCACCUGCAACAAAUGGAUAAGGGGUCACGUGGUGUUCGGAAGUCUGUGCAAAAUGGUGAAGGCCUCAUGCAAGGAAAGCAUCUUACCUACUGCAAUGCUCUCUAUCCCCC